AGAUGACUGCCGGUGUGGUUGACCCAGCACAAUGUCCAAAAUAAAGAACAUUAUUUGGCCCCAGGUCAUUCUCUUUGGUGACUCGAUCACCCAGUUUUCCUUCCAAUCUAACGGAUGGGGCUCCGCAAUCGCAGAUAAACUUGCCAGAAAAUCUGACGUGAUAAACAGAGGCUUAUCAGGAUACAAUACAAGAUGGGCAAAGAUUGUACUGCCUCGUAUAAUUCCUGAUCAGCACAGCGCAGAAACUCACAUCGCAGCGGUCACCAUCUUCUUUGGAGCCAAUGAUUGUGCUUUGGAAGGCAAGCAUAAGAACCCACAACAGCACGUUCCCAUCCAGGAAUUCACGGAAAACUUGAAGGACAUUGUGAGACACUUGACUUCUAGCGGACUCUCCACUGACAAAGUCAUCCUCAUUACUCCUCCUCCUCUCCAUGAACCAUCGUGGGAGAAAGAGUGCGCUCUUAAAGGCUCAGCCCUAAAUCGUCUGAACUCUGUGACUGGUCAGUAUGCCCAGGCCUGUGUCCAGGCUGCAGGACAGUGCGGAGUGGAUGUAUUGGAUCUCUGGACACUCAUGCAGAAGGAUGGACAGGACUAUACAGCAUACCUGUCUGAUGGACUCCAUCUGUCCGACAAGGGAAACCAGUUUGUGGCCAACCACCUCUGGAACCUUCUGGAGCGUCGUGUAGCUGACCUGCCUUUUAUUUUGCCCUACUGGGGGGAUGUAGACCCCAAAAACCCAGAGAGCAGUCUGUUAUGCUAAAGUUGGGGAAAAUCCCAUGAAAGUGAACAGAUUUUUAAAUGCCCUAGUUCUAAAUCUGUCACUGUCAAUUUCUUACAUGUUUGGCUCUUGCGAUGAACUUAUCAAAGAUAAAACUGAAGCCACGCACAUAAUUUGUAACACCAUAAUGAA